CCGUCAUCCUGCUGGCUGAGCACACUGGAGCAGACCCACCGACUGCGCAAAGAUGCGUCGAUGCGCCUCGCAGAGUCGCGACGUAUGAAGAGAUGCGUAACGGCCGCAGGAGGACCGGUCCUCCGGGUGUUUCUGCUCUCAGAGCAGACAGAAGCGGACUGAAGGCUGCUUUGGAUGAUUCUGGAGCAUCAUUGGCGCAGGCCGACUGACAUGAUGCGGCUGAUCCCAGUUCAGGAUGCUCCCAAAGCUUCCUCUGCAAACAAUGAAGAUGUGGAAGGACAUUGAAGAAAGGACACAUCAUUUCAAUUCUGGACUGAAAACACUAUAAGCCAUCACAUCAGCAUUGUCACUUUGACAUCCCAGUCAGCCUGAGAGACGCGAGUCCAGCUGACAGUGAAUCCAGCAAGGCAGAGAAGACAGCGUCACAGAGCAUCAGAGUGGAAGAAAACAAAAUCCUCAUUACCUUCACUCUUAUCAGCUCUGUCAGCAGGACAUGUGACCCGCUUUUUCCUCUAUUUUUGCUCAAAGACUUUCCGGCCUGGAGAUUUUCUCUUUUUUUUUUUUAUCAAGAAAUUGCUACCUGCUAAAAUGUGAGAUUAAAAAGAUCAGCUCAUUCAUUUGGUUUUAUUGUGAGAAUUUCUGAAAGGGAUAUUUUUCACAAUAACUUCAGCUAUUUCACCAUGCACAGAGUACUUUGUCAGAGUUAUUGUCCUGCUGCAUUAGAGCUGCCAAGCUCUGAAUUAAGAAUAGAUCCCUGAGAGCGGCAGCGUUCCUUCUCACAAAUGAAAAUUCAGCUCAACCUGACAGGCUGCAUUUUAAUAAAGCACUGGCACAGAAAUCACCAUAAAACUUAGAUGAGGCCGACGACGGGCACUAUGCUCCAGCAGAACAACAACAACAACUACCCCUGCCUGAACAUGUCAGACUGCCCCCAGGAGAUGCUCCAGAAGGUCUCCAGAGCCUCGCUGCCCUUCCCCAGCAGAGUAGAGCUGGGCCUGGGAGACCUCCCUCUUAUUCGUGGCCUUCGAGCGUGGGCUCUGUGCUCCAAGAACCGCCGCAAGGGCGGCGGCCUGCUGGGGGGAGGUAAACCCCCCACAGCUCCCCCUCUGGCUAGAGGGACCUCGAUGUCCUGCCCCAGGCCUGCAGACGUGUACCUGAGCGGCUAUGGACUCCCCCUGGGGCUUGACGCCAGACAGGCCGGAAUUGGAGCUUUGGUCACGGUGGCUACUCUGAAGACCUCAGAGGGCAGUGGGAAAACACAGACUCAAUGCCUCUUCCUCCGAACGGAGAAAGGGAGCUGUUUAUACUCUACUGCCAAGCCCAGUUCCGGUGCAUCUCCCAGCAUGGUCGGUGAAUGGCUGAGAGGAAAGAGAGGAGGUGGAGAGGGAGGAGGAGGAGCAGACCCUCCGUCUGCAGAGGCUGGAGCAAACAGGGUCAGGGUGCGAUCAGGCAGGCGGUGGAGGAAGUCCGGUAACACAGCUGGCCGGGAGAGGAAGGCAGUGAGCAGAGAGCGGCAGCAGAGGAGCUGCAAGAGGAUUGAACCCAGAGAAGUAAAGCAGGAAGAGCAAGACAAAGGACGUCUGGAUGGUAAACAGUUUCCCUGCCUGCAGCUGGAUAACAGCAGAGGAGGAGGAUGCAACAGUGUUUCCCCUAAAACCUGCUCUCCAAAGAGUAGCUGGGAUGAAUGCGAAGGAGGUGAAAGCCCAGCAAGAGGAGCUGGAAAUGAACUGAACCUUGAGGAGAAAGGAGCAACAAGGGAGAGACAAAGGAAUGAGGAGGACGGAGGAGUUUCAAAUGCUGUUUUGGAUGCAUCAAACCCAGACCGAAACAGAAACCCCAACAGGACCUCUGAUGAUCAAGAAACAAGACGAGGUGAAGGAGUGGAGGAGCUGAAGGCCCUAACGUCUCUCCUGCCGGGUGACUUAACGAGGAGAGAUGAGGAGGCAAACACUGGUAUGUCCGGGACGCAUGAGAGCAGCAGGGAGUUCAUGGUGACACCGAGUCACAGGAAGCCUGAAAAUGAAACAAAGCAAGAAACAGAACAAGAAACCAACAAAGAGAUGGAGUGUCCUCCUCUAGUCUUUAUUACCCAAACAAAAGAGUCCUCCCAUCCUGCAGAGGGCAGCGUCUGCAUUACUGAUCAGGACACUUUCUGGGUUUAUUCCAAUCAAAACCAGCUUAAAGUUGAACUUGGCCCAGAAGGAGAAGAUAAGUGUGCGGUUGAAGAAGAACCGAAUAUUUGCAACCUUCAGCCUCCAAAGCCAAACUCUGCAGCUGAUGAGAGCAACACUGUGAACAAGGAAACCACAGGAAACAACAGCCAACAGGAGGAGAAAGGAAUUUUGUGUUUGCCUGUCAGAGAGAGAGAUCUCUCUGUCUAUGAAAGCUUGGAGGGAAGGAUUGGGAAUCUAGAGGAGGAGUGCACCUGCAGCAAGCUGCAUGAUGGAAGCAGGGAUGAAGAAGAGCAGAGGAGCAGGGCUUCAGCGGACAACUGCAGCCUAGCGUCCCUGGAGCCAGGCAGGAAAAAAGAGGGCGACACUUCAACGUGUGUGGAAACAAAUGGGCAGAAACCCACAGUGGUCUGUAAUGGUGCUGAUCCCCCCACCUCUAAUCCUGCCCCUCCUCUGGCAUCCAUGGUAACCGGCCUGCCAUGUCUGGAGGUGGAGGCGGAGAAAGAGGAGGUAGUAGGGCAUGGAGGAGGAGGACAUAAACAGAGUAGGAGUCCAAGGGGAGAGCUGGAGGAGAAAGCUGAGGAGGUGAGGAGCUCCACCGUGGCCACUGAGGAAGGGAGGAAUGAGGAGGAGGAGGAUGAGUUUGGAGUCUUCAUGCAGGCAGAGGGUGAAGCAGCCUGGAGCGAGGGGGUUAACAUGUCUGCCUCUGUGCCUUGUAGAAGCAGAGGGAGUACUGGAAUUGGAAAGCAUUCGAAUAAUGGAGAGGACGACUGGACAGCUUUCCCUCAGGACCCGACGGAUGAAAGCAGGGAUGCUGUGGAACAGUGGUGGCCGGCCAGCGCGGUGGAGGCGUGGAGAGAUGGAUCUCCAGCCAAUCACAGUCUGGCGGCUGUCUUUGCUGAUGCAUUCCCCUCGCUGCCUGGUUGUUCUCCAGGUGACUCCUGUGACCUGGAAGCUGUUCCCACACUGACACGGCUCCUCCGGGACGAGGCCAGACAGGAGCAGGGGAAAGCAGACCUACUUCCUGGACGAGCAGCCGGCAUCUGUCCCCUGGCCUAUCCUCGGCCAAUCAGCACUCUGCUGCAAAGCGACGACUCUCCUACGACUACAACAGAAACGUCGUGGAGUGAGGCGGCCUCUUGUGCUGAGGUUGGACCGCUGGUUUCUGUGCUUAACCUGAAGGACGGCAGGUUCCUGUGGAGCUCGAUGUCAACAGGAGGCAUGUUCUUGUUUCUCUCCUCUCCCGCCUUCUCCUUCAUCACCUCCCAUCCUGAGCUGAACACAGCAGAUCCGAGGUCCUCGCCACCAUGUUGA